CAACCAAAGAUUAGGACGAGCAACAGUGCAAUCAUAAUAACGAAAACAAGUAUUUAAACACCAAUGGAAACUGUUGUUUUACUAAUAGUCAUGAACCAUGGAGAAAGCUUUAUUCUACAUUGUAUUGGUAGUUCAAGCAUAACUCAGAUUAUGAGUUAGUUUCCACUUUAGAAGUAGAAGAAGUUAAAAGAAAUUUUAUUCAAGAAGAUAAUUAGGUCAUUAUGAUGGAAAACUUGGACCAUAUUAUGCCGAGACAACAUCAUAUAUGAGAUUCAGGAAACCUGGCCCAUACUUGGGAGUCCCAUGACUAAUCUGAGAAUACUAUGAAUUGACUAGAGAGCAAGUGUAACAGAGAAGACAUCCAGAUUAAAUACAGAAGAAUACCCCAUAAGCAUAAUAUCUAUUCUAGAGAAGGCAGCUAAAUGGAUCUUCCACAAAACUAUAGUGUUGCCAAUAUUUUCUCAGGAUGUUGACUAAAUCUUGUCUAGUUGAUCAAUCAAAAGUGCCAAGCCAUGGUCCACAGUGUAAUCAGUUAAACCCACCAAGGCCAAUAAUAGUUACAGUCCAAAAUGAUUGUCUAAGGAUUUCAAGUGUCAAUAAAUCUGAACUACAAAGUUUGGCUCUAAUGGACUGUCAAUGCUCAUGACAUAUUCAGCAGUUUAAAACUAAGCCUUGGUUUGGGACCCAUAAUCUACUGUUUAGAAACAAUUGGACAAGAUCAAAUAUAGCUCAAAAGUUUACUAACAGUGUCAACUAUUUGGAAUUCGAUGAAAAAUUAAAAAGUAAUUUUGUUGAAGCUAGAAGAAUAAAAGGCAACCCAGCAUUGUUGCAAACAAAAAUCUGAUGAUGUACUAAAUGUUACAAUUGUUACCAAGAAGCAACAAACUAAAAUAUCUCAUAACAUAACACAGUAUUUAUUGAAAAUGGGAUUGGUGCCGUCAUAAUGCCCUUGGUUUGCAAUUAUUCUGGAAGGUAUACGUUGGAUCUGGAUUUUGAUUCAGCAAAGGCUCCCUUUUAUCUAUCAUUUAUGCUGCAUUUGUGUUCUGAUGCUGGUGUUGUUGCCUCGGAGAUUAAAACGCACAGAAAGACAAGAUUUUGUGUGCCUGUGGGUUUUGGCCCAGGAUAUCCUGCGUCCUUGGGUGCUUCUGUUUCCGAUGAUGGAAUGGUCAAUUUCUCUUUGUUUUUGAGGAAUGCUGAGAGCGUUUUCCUCUGCCUGUAUGAAGGGAAAACAGAGGUUCCAUCUUUAGAGAUCGAACUGGAUCCUUAUGUCAAUCGUACAGGUGAUAUCUGGCACGUCUCGAUGGAGAGCAUCGUGGACUAUGUGAGCUACGGUUAUCGUUGCAAAGGACCAGUAGAUAAAGAGGUGGUCGAUAUGCAGCAUGUGCUGUUGGAUCCGUUUGCCAAAAUUGUUCGAAAUCUUCUUUCUGUUCAGAGUGAUACAAUGACUCCAACCAAGUAUCUUGGUUCUUUGGAAAUAGAACCUAUAUUUGACUGGAGUGGUGAUGUUCAUCCGCGGUUGCCAACAGAGAAGCUCGUGGUUUACAGAUUAAAUGUGGGGCAGUUCACAAGAGAUAACUCGAUCGGUCUCCCAGAAGAUGUUGCUGGGACUUUCGGUGGUGUGAGUGAGAAAGUAGAGUAUUUUAAAGAACUUGGUGUCAAUGCAAUCCUGCUAGAGCCAAUAUUUCCCUUUGAUGUUAACAAAGGCCCUUACUUCCCCUAUCAUUUCUUCUCGUUAAUGGAUGAAUAUGGACGUGAACAUAAUGCUGCUUCAGCAAUCAAUUCUUUGAAGGGGAUAAUCAAGACGCUACAUUCCGAAUGUAUAGAGGUCUUGAUGGAGGUUGUUUUUACUCAGGUUGAAGGUGGAGAUGCGGACUCCCAUGUGAUAUCAUUCCGAGGUAUUGAUAGUUCUUCCUAUUGCAUUGUUGACAAAAAUGUAGGAUCAGGAACCAAUAGUCUCCUGAAAUGCAAUAACCCCAUUGUUCAGCAAUUAAUAAUAGACAGCCUCCGGCAUUGGGUAGUCGAGUUCCAUGUAGAUGGCUUUUGCUUUAUUAAUUCUUCUUCAAUGACUAGAGGACAGAAUGGGGAUCAUUUAUCUCGCCCACCUUUGGUGGAAGCUAUAGCAUUUGAUCCGGUACUUUCAAGGACAAAGAUUGUCGCAGACUGCUGGUCCCCGCUUGACAUGUCAUACAUGGAAAUCCAAUUUCCUCAUUGGAAAGCAUGGGCAGAGAUGAACAUGAGAUUUUGCAGUGAUGCAAAGAACUUUUUGAGAGGUGAAGGGCUCCUAAGCGAUCUUGCUACUAGACUUUGUGGCAGUGGUGAUCUAUUUUCUUCCGCGGGCCCAGCAUUUUCUUUUAAUUUUGUCGCAAAGAACUUUGGACUUCCUCUUGUUGAUUUGGUCAAAUUCAGCACUGCUGAGCUUGCUUCGGAAUUAAGCUGGAACUGUGGCGACGAAGGUCCAACAAACAAUAAUACUGUUCAUGAGAUACGUCUUAAGCAGAUACGGAAUUUCUUGUUUGUCUUGUUUGUGUCACUCGGUGUUCCUGUUCUAAAUAUGGGGGAUGAGUGUGGCUACUCCACUGGUGGUUCUCCAUUGUAUGAUGACAGGAAGCCUAUCAAUUGGGAUAGCCUAGGAACCGGCUUCAGUAAGCAAAUUACAAAAUUUAUUGCAUAUCUGGGUUCACUUAGAAUCCGAAGAGGUGAUAUUUUUCAGAGCAAGCACUUUCUUAAAGUAGAAAACAUUGUUUUGUUUGGAAGUAAUCAAUCUGAGCCAAAAUGGGAUGACCCAACAUGCAAAUUUUUGGCUUUGGCUCUGAAGUCAGAAAAGAACUUUGACAUGUUAAAUUCAAAUGGCGGUGACUUAUUUAUAUGCUUUAAUGCCAGCAAUAAUUUGGAGACUGUUGUUUUGCCCGAACCGACAGAGGGAAAUGUUUGGCUUCGUUUGGUCGAUACCUCCCUUGCAUUUCCAGGAUUCUUUUCAAAUAGUUAUGAUCCAAAUGUUCAGAAAGCUGAAGGAUCAUCUUCUUAUGAACUGAAGCCUCAUAGUUGUGCCUUAUUUGAAGCCACUAUGUAUUGAACUUUGUGCCUUAUUGUCUUGUAUAAUGGCAGGAGUUUCUUGCUGUAUCUAUUGUCUCCUGUUGUCAAUAAAAUGAAGUAUCCUUUCGGUAAGCACUGAAUAAGUGCAAAAUUUUCUAAA